UCUCGGCGCGACGCCGGGACGCUCUACGGCGGCCGAGAAGAAAUGUGGGCGCGGGUUGUGUGGCGGGGCUUUAGUGCGGCCCCGAACGGGCGCCGGUUCUUCACCUCGCGGGAGGGUCCUCAGGGAGGUCGAGUCACAGCCGAGGUGAUCGAGCACCUGGAACGCCUGGCACUGGUGGACUUCGGCAGCCACGAGGCCGUCGCGCGACUGGAGAAAGCCAUCACCUUCGCCAACCGGCUUCAUGAGAUCGACACCGACGGGGUGGAGCCCAUGGAGUCGGUACUGGAGGACAGAUGUCUAUACUUGAGAUCAGACAAUGUAGCAGAAGGCAACUGUGCUGAAGAACUACUACAAAACUCCCAACGUGUUGUGGAGGAAUAUUUUGUGGCCCCCCCAGGUAAUAUCUCUUUGCCAAAGCUGGGUGAACAAGAGCCCUUCCCGCACGGCUAAUAGCUACCUAUUCUGAGAAGGGGGUACCCUGUGAACACACUGAAGCACAAUGGUGGCACUGUUUAUUGUGAACCUUAAUGUCCUACUUCUUUCCAUCACCUGAAAAAGUGGAUGCUUAAGCAAUUCUUAGUAACUGACUCUUCCCAGAACAGAAUUGGAAAAUGUCUAACUAAACAAGACAAUGAGAUCCUGAUGCUAUGGAGGAGGGAAUAUAAACUUCCAAGGAAAUGGAUCAAGUAUGUACAGUAUGGAAGUUAUCCUCUUUCAUCUCCCUCUAAAAGAAUUAUGUCUACCAAGCUAUAUACACUUGAGCUUUAUAUAGCUGGUUAUCAGUGUGUCUGAUCACCACGCCACAACCUGAGUUGUCAUUUUUCCUUGCUGUUUCCACCAACUUGAGUGGCAUUAUCUUUUUACUAAACACACUUACAUUUGUUCCUGGGUACUUACCUGCUUUAUUGUAAGCAGAGGAAAGCUUAUUCUCUAGAAAGUCCUGGGAAAUGCCGAGUAAACUGUUUUAAGAAUUUCUAAGCUAAACCACCUUCCACAAGAUGAUUAUAUGUAAAUAAAAUACUAACCAGAUCUGUAAUUUA